AUGUUUGUCUUAGUACUAUGCAUACACUUAACUCUUGCCCAAUGUUAUAAAGAUGGUGUAGUCACAAUAAAUAAUAAAGAUUCAUGUUUAACACCAAGUCAAGGUAGUGGAGAUAUAGCUCUUGAACAAAAUGGUAUUGAAGAUUAUAAAGGAUUUAGUUGGAUACGAAUUGUAUUGAAAUCAGGAUCAAAAACACCAACACUCAAUAUUUAUGAUUCAUCAAAUGAAAGGCUUUUACUUAUAUACGAUAAUAAAGAGAUCAUUACAACAACAGUGAAUUUCUAUCUUAAAUCUAGUAAUUGUCAAUGGGCAUUGUAUAAUAAUGAUGCUUUAAAGAAUUCAUUGAGCUUUUAUUUUUAUCCUGAAUUUGAGAUAUCUGAUUCUAAACCAUUUAUUUUUGCUCCUCAUGGAGAAGGAACUUUUGUCAAUAAAAAUUCUAACUAUAUCACACUUGGGUUUGAUUAUUGGGACUACAACAAAGCACGUGUUUCAGGGAAGAUUAAAUUGUUUAUUGUUUCAAGUUAUCAAUCAAACCAUAUAGGUCAUGUCUUGACAACAACAGAUUCAGAUGUAAUUAUGAGACCAAAUUAUCCAAACCAAGUUAUGUGCACAUUAAAGAAUGGAGCUAAAAGAUUUGGAUACAACGGUGGGGAUAAUAACGAGGUUCAAGAAGAUUGUACAUGUGCAAUGGUUGAUGGGAAAUGGGAUAAAGAUGAUUGUGCAGAAUUUUUACAGUAUUUCCAAGUUGUUGUUGAUUGUGAUUAUACAACAUCUACAAACGAGCAUUAUGGAGGGUAUGCCUUUAAAGGAUGUAAAGAAAAUCAAUUACCAACUGUCACUAUUCCUGAAUCAUCAACAGUAAUAUUAGAAGAUAUGAGAGUUAAAGAAAAUGGUGUUCAUUUUGAAGUUAGUGGCAAAUUAACUAUAAACUUAACUAUUCCACCAAAUUGUCCACAGAUUUUACUCAACAAAGUUGGAUCGGGAACAAUCACUAUUAGUAGUGUUACUGUAGAAGGUGAUGUCCCAAUUAACCAGUUAUUAUUUAUAAGUAAUAGUGACAGUGUUAUUGCUGCUGGUUAA